CAAUUAAACUGAAAAUCAAUGGAGAAACAAUCAAGACUUAUUGGGAGCAGAAUUCUGAAGCUUUUAUCAAAAGCUGCACAGCCUGCAGUCACAUACCACAGCCCACCUCCCAGCCCUAGAAAAGCCUCAGGUCCAAUGAUAUCACUCAUACCCUCUGAGGCCAGAAGGAAGCCCAGAAAUGGAAUUACCUUUGGUCCAAAAGAACCCACUUCUCCAAAAGUCUCAUGCAUGGGCCAAAUCGAGGGCAAGCAGAAGAAGAAGAAGAAAAACCAAAGUAAAAGCAAGAGGGCUUGCCCUCCACCACAAGAAAGCACCACCUGCAAUCUAGUUUCAUGUGUUCCUAAAGAGGUGAAGAAAAAGACAUCAAACGGUUUGCCCAAGGAAGCCCCACCAAAAGAAGGUGAUGAAAAUGACAACAAUAACCCUGAUGGUUUGGCGGGCGGCUCAUCAAGAGGUCCAGAGAGAGUGCCUUCUUUGGGUCAGAUGAGGAGGUUUGCAAGUGGUCGUGGUGUGCUGGCGGAUUUUGACAUGAUAUUGGAGAUUCAUGAUGAUCAAUUGGGUGAUGUGAAAAAUAGGGUGGGUGGGGCUAGUCAAGAAGGAGAUUGAUGUUAGUAUGGACCAGAAGAAAGAAGUUACUUUGAGAAAAAGAAGAACCAUUUCUCCUCAUCCAAAGCCUCUUCCAUUGUAAAAACACAUGUGCAAAAAAAUUGAUCAAUGUUUAUGGGCUGUUUAUGAAAAUUGUUGUGGCAAUACUGAUCAGUAACUCUUGAUAAUUUUUUAAACCAA